CUACUGCGGCCAAGAAGAAGAGCGCUGUUUGUUAUUAUGGGAAGUAGCAAGUGAACAGAGGAGCUUUAAAAACUGUAAAAUGGCAGAACUGAGAAGCUGAUGUUGCCAUGUGAGUCACGACCUAAAGAGUGUAUGUCGUUUGGACAAAGUGUGUGUGUGUAUUUAGAUUAAAGACGACAGACUCGGACGUGAAGCUGCAGCUCAGCGGCGGUUGAUGUUUGUUCUGCUGUGUCGGAGUGUGUGAGUGCUGCAGGUAAAAUGACCGUCACCACCAAAACCAAAACCUACAAGCUGGUAGUCCAUAAGAAGGGCUUUGGAGGAAGCGAUGAUGAACUGAUGAUGAACCCGAAGGUGUUUCCUCAGGUUAAGCUGGGGGACAUUGUCGAGAUCGCACACCCCAAUGAUGAAUACAGCCCACUCCUGCUCCAGGUGAAAAGCCUGAAAGAAGAACUGCAGAAAGAAACAAUCAGUGUGGACCAGACCGUCACUCAGGCCUUCAAGCUUCGUGCAUAUCAGGAUGUCAUCAUUAACAUCGUGGAUCCCAAGGAUGUGACACUGGAUCUAGUGGAGCUCACCUUCAAAGACCAGUACAUCGGCCGAGGGGACAUGUGGAGACUCAAGAAGAGUCUGGUGAGCACGUGUGCGUAUGUGACUCAGAAAGUGGAGUUUGCAGGGAUCAGGGCUCAGGCGAGUGAGCUGUGGGUAAAAGGCGAGAAGGUCACCUGUGGUUACAUCAGUGAAGACACGCGGGUGGUGUUUCGCUCCAGCUCGGCCAUGGUGUAUAUCUUCAUCCAGAUGAGCUGUGAGAUGUGGGACUUCGAUAUCUACGGUGAUCUCUAUUUUGAAAAGGCAGUCAAUGGUUUCCUCUCGGACCUGUUUACCAAGUGGAAAGAGAAAAACUGCAGCCAUGAGGUCACAGUGGUGUUGUUCUCCCGUACCUUCUACGCUGCCAAGACGCAAGAUGAGUUUCCUGAGAGUCAGAGAGGAGCCAUCAGGCAGGAUCACGAGGGACGCUACUACGAGGAUUUCUACAGAGUGGUGGCUCAGAACGAGAGGAGGGACGAGUGGACGUCUCUGCUGGUCACCAUUAAGAAGCUCUUCAUCCAAUAUCCAGUGCUGGUGCGCCUCAAAGGAGCAGAUGGGUUUCCAUGUGGACAGAACUCCACUGCCGCUCAGGGGAAUUACCUCGAAGCCAUCAACUUGUCAUUUAACGUUUUUGAUAAACAUUACAUCAAUCGUAACUUUGACCGCACUGGUCAGAUGUCGGUGGUGAUCACGCCGGGAGUGGGAGUGUUCGAGGUGGACCGGCUCCUCAUGAUCCUCACCAAACAGCGCAUGAUCGACAACGGUAUUGGAGUGGACCUGGUGUGUAUGGGAGAGCAGCCGCUUCAUGCUGUCCCACUCUUUAAGUUACACAACCGAACAGUACCAGGUGACUCCAGACUGGAUGACUACAAUCUGCCUCACUGGAUCAAUCACAGCUUUUACACGUCAAAGAGUCAAGGCUUGUGCAGCUCAUUCACUCCCAGAAUUAAACUUGCUGGUCAGAAGCCCCAUGUUGAGAAAUUAAAGAGCAGCAAAGAGCACUCUCUUGGAGCUCCUAAGGACUCAGAGAACAGUCUUCCCAUCCAGGUGGACUACGAUGCUCAUGAUGCUCAGGUCUUCAGACUUCCUGGACCUGCGAGAGCACAGAGGGGCAGCAACCUCCGGUCAAGCAGAGAGAAGGACGCGAGCAUUAGGAAGAGCUGGUGCUCGGCGGAGGUGGGUGGAGGACACUACGGGGGCUGCUCUCCUCCUUCCCGUCCUAUAGGAGGCACAGACGAGCAGCGCAGCCUUGCGUCUGAUGACAGCCUGGGCCACGUCUCAAACAUCCUGCUGAUCCCUCGCCAGCCGCUUCAGUACGAAGUCAGCAGCUCACUCGGCUACACCAGCUGUGCCAGAGAGCUGCUGGAGAAGCUUGUGGAGUCUCAGCGGGACUCGAGCGCUCCGGGCCGCUUCACCGUGGGCAGUGCUGAGUCGACGCUGCACAUCCGCCCGGGCGGUUACACACCCCAGAGAGCUCUCAUCAACCCAUUCGCCCCCUCACGCAUGCCCAUGAAGCUCACCUCCAACCGCCGCCGCUGGAUGCACACCUUCCCCGUGGGUCCCUCCGGCGAAGCCAUCCAGAUCCAUCAUCAGACUCGGCAGAACAUGGCCGAACUGCAGGGCAGUGAGCAGCGUGACCCCGCCCACACUUCUGCUGAGCUGCUGGAACUGGCCUAUCAUGAAGCAAUGGGCAGGCGAAUAGGACUCCCUCAGACUGCAGACAGUGGGCUGUACAUCACUGGAGGAACUAAUGAUUUUUCUGGUAGUCCAGCCAGUAGCAAUAGCACAGGUACACCCGUCAACCGUGGCUCUUUUGAUGAGUGCUCCAGCAGUCCGGAUCCAACCCUCCAGCUUUCUGCCCCUCCUACAGUGCCUGCGUUCUGCUGUACAGUCGGCGUGGACUGGAAGUCUCUGACCACGCCGGCGUGUCUCCCUCUCACCACCGACUAUUUCCCAGAGCGCCAGUCGCUGCAGAACGACUACACGGAGGGCUGCUAUGACCUGCUGCCACACACUGACCUGGAGCGGCGUGAUGACGAGGCCCCCGUGAUGAGCGCACCUCGUGUGUUUGAGGAGUUUAUCUGCCAGAGGCUGAUGCAGGGCUAUCAGAUCAUCGUGCAGCCCAACACCAGGAAAGCUCCGCCCACAGUGGCUCCGCCCCUCAGCAGCAGCCCUCUGUACUCUCGGGGUCUGGUGUCUCGGAGGAAGGCUGAGGAAGAGGAGAGCCUGUAUUGGCUCAGUAUGGGACGAACUUUCCACAAAGUCUGUCUGAAAGACAAAAUCAUCACCGUUACACGCUACCUGCCCAAGUAUCCGUAUGAGUCCACCCAGAUCCAGUACAGCUACAGUCUGUGCCCCCCUCAUGCUGACGGCCAUUUUGUGCCCUGCUGGGUGGAGUUCAGUCACGAGAGACUGGAGGAGUACAAAUGGAACUACCUGGACCAGUACAUCUGCUCAGCCGGCUCAGAGGACUUCAGCCUUAUCGACUCGCUAAAGUUCUGGCGCACCCGCUUCCUGUUGCUCCCAGCGGGUGGGGCCAGGCGAGUGGCGGAUGGUGAGGGUCACUGGGACGUGUACGGGGAGGGACCAGGGGCAGCGGCAGGGUCUGGAGACUGGGCUCUGCUCGAUGGCUUCAUACGCUUUCUGGAGGGGCUGAACAGAAUCCGGAGACGACAUCGAUCUGAUCGGAUCAUCCGGAAAGGAGCAGCCAUGAAGGGUCUUCAGGUGACGUCACCACUUUCUCCUUACACUGCAGAGCCUCUACCACCUCCGCUGGGUAAGAAAGGUGCUUCGGCUCUCGCUACCCUGCUUGAGCUGGAUCAGACUCACAAGACUCUGGAGGAGCAGCAGAGUGCCUCUCAGUAUACUGUGGUUAAAGCAAACACGUCAUACAAUGAUGCCAUGGCAACUACCUAUGUUGACAGCCCUAGAAAGGACACUGCGUUCAUGUUGGAUUUUAUUCGUAGCCCUCGCUCCUCCUACAUAUCUCACUCUCAGAUGCCUGCUGAGACUCCUGCAGCCAAUCCCGCUGAUUCUGGGUCCGUAGAGAAAGGAGGGAACCUAUCAAACGACAGGAUGGUGGUGGGCGGUGCUACAGACACUGCUUCAGGACCUGAACCAGGUGCUCAGCAGGGCAGCUUGUCCUCCUCCUCCACCAUGCUGGAGAUUCUGGAGGCCAUCAAACACCCAAAUACAGGCGUCCAGCUGCUGCCUGAGCAGAAGGGUUUGCCCCCUAACUGCUUCAUCAGCGCUGAGGUGGUGCACUGGCUGAUGAACACGGUGGAGAACGUGGCCACGCAGGGCAUCGCUGUGGAGAUCAUGCAGAAAAUGCUAGAAGAAGGUCUGAUCGCUCACGCGUCUGGCGAGGCCAUGCGCACUUUCGUCUACGGCUUCUACUUCUACAGAAUCGUGGACAAGGAGAAUGAGAAGGCUCCGUGCAGCAGUGCUAGCUCUGCGGCGGCGCUCGACGACUUUGCGCUGUUCCAGAGGAAGUGGUUCGAGGUGGCGUUGGCGCUGGAGGAGCGUCGCUCGUGUGAUCUUCCCGCCUUCCUGCUGCCGUGGCUGCCAAGCCGACCCGCCUCGUACGCCAGCCGACACAGCUCUUUCAGCCGCAGCUUCGGGGGACGCAGCCAAGCCGCCGCCCUGCUAGCUGCUACAGUACCGGAGCAGAAGACGGUCACCCUGGACGUGGACGUGAACAACCGGAGCGAUCGUACCGAAUGGUGUAGCUGCUAUUACCAUGGCAGCUUUGCGCCCAACACGGCCUUCGAGAUCAAGCUGCACUGGAUGGCCGUGACGGCGGCGGUGCUCUUCGAGAUGGUGCAAGGCUGGCACAGGAAGGCGGCGUCAUGCGGUUUCCUUCUGGUACCGGUGCUAGAGGUGCCGUUCGCUUUGCCCUCUUAUCUGUACGGAGACCCGCUGCGCGCUCAGCUCUUCAUCCCCCUCAACAUCCAGUGCCUGCUCGAAGACGCAAAUGACAACCUGUUCGACGGGUUCGAACCAGAGACGUACUGGGACCGGAUGCAGCUCUUCCAGGAAGCCAUUCUUUACAGGUUUGGCUUUGUUCAGGAUAAAGUUUCUGCCUCGGCUUUUAGCUUCCCUGCUGAAAACAAGCCGCAGUACAUCCACGUCACAGGCACAGUGUUCAUGCAGUUGCCCUACUCGAAGAGGAAGUACUCGAGUGGUCAGCAGCGGCGCCGCCGUAACUCCGCCUCCUCGGCCAGUCAGAGUCUGUUUGGCCCUGAAGAGCAUGUUGGCUACCACUGGGCUUACAACACCAUGCUGACCAAAGCGUGGCGCACCAGCGUCCUGGGAGACGAAAAGCUCGCCGAUCGUCUCCUGCGAGACUUCACCGACUUCUGCGCCAACAAGGACAACCGGCUCGUGAGCUUCUGGGAGAACUGUGAGGAGAAAAUGAACUCCAGCGCCCCCUGAGAGACACACUCUCCGGAGGGUUAGAACACAGACUGGGAUUAACCUGUAUUGUCAUACUUAUAAACAGUUUACAGCUAACAGGAAUUAAUUUGGCCCAGUCAGAUUUAACCGCAGUCAGCAGGUAAGUCCUGAUUGGUGCUUUAAUGUAAUGGCUGAGUGAGGAGAGGAAAUAAAGGACUAAGUCAACAUGUUUGGAGUUUUCAGUGUCAGCAGAAGUAGCUGCAUUGCCUCGGGAAGGAAGAAGCACAAUGCUGAUGGUGCACUGUGAUCCCCUGGGGUGGAUCAGGCCGCCUCUUAGAGGGGUAAUUUAUAGAAGACUAACCUAAAACACAUUACACUGAAGAGGAAAACAUGCAUUUCAUUAAAAAAUGUGAUUUUAAAUUAGAUUUAAAAGGAAACACAAGAUGUAGUUCUUGGAUCCUAAGGCUAUGUUCAUAUUCAUUUCCUCAACAGCCACUGAAUAUUUUAUUUCUUUGUAUAGAAAGAGUGCAGUACGGUUCGAAUGUAGCCUGUUUCACAAAGUGCUGCUGUCAGUUUUUUUUUUUUUUUUUUUUUUUCCCCCAUCAGAGAGAAACACAUUUUGUUUAGAGACAAAAACACAGUGCAAGUAAAUUCCAUGGUUCAUGGUUCCAUGGACCUCCUCAAGGGUCCGUGAUUUCCUACUUUUCUUACCAUGGUAGAAAUCACAACUCACCAUUAUUAAAGUUAUGCCUAUAACUGUCA